CCGUGCUGGCCCCACCCCCGGCACGGCCUCCCCGGGGGGGCGGCGAGCCCCGAGCGCAGAGCGGCGGCUGCGGGGAGCGCUCGGAGCCCGCUCCGUCGGGGCCGGGCCAUGGCGAGCGGCACCGCCGCGCCCCCGGGCACGGGCUCGGGGUCGGGCUCGGGGUCGGCGUCGGGUUCGGGCUCGGGCACGGCUCUGCCCUCCCGGCUCCAGGAGACCGAGAAGCUGCUGGCUGCCACCGAAGGGUUGCGAGGCUCCAAAUCCUUCACGGCGGCUCUGGCCGGCGAGGCGGAGCGCAACGGGCACGGGCUGGGCUACAAAUCGGUGUCCGUCGGGCACCUGGACGCGGCCCCGUUGUCGCCGUCGCGGCUCAGCCUGGGCAGAGCCUCCUCCACCGGCACCAGCACGGCACCGCCCGAGCAGGGCCGCCCCCGGGACUACCUGGUGCUCGCCAUCUUCUCCUGCUUCUGCCCCGUUUGGCCCAUCAACGUGGUGGCCCUCGUCUUCUCCAUCAUGUCGAGGAACAGCGGGCAGCAGGGGGACAUGGACGGAGCGCGGCGCCUCGGCCGCAUGGCCCGCCUGCUCAGCAUCGUCUCCAUCGUCCUGGGGACCAUCAUCAUCGUGCUCUACGUUUCACUCAGCGUCAGAGUUUCCUAGAAGACAUUUUAGCAUGCAAAUACCUCGAAGAGGAGGAAGACAACUCUCCUUUUGGGGUUUUUACUUUCAGCCUCGCAACAAAAACUUGUCACAGCGUAGGGGGGCCGCCCCGGAGGAACGCGCGCUUCUGCUCCGCCGCCCCCUGGGAACGAGCCCGGACGAGGGCUGGGACGAAAACAUCGUGAGGAGGGAUGGGGAAGAGCUUCGGGUGCCGAGUGGAGAGGAGAAGGGGGAAGCCCACUACCUCAUUCCCCUCCAGCAAAACUGACGGAGCGGGGAGACAACUCCUGGCGAAGGGCAAGGAGGGAGUUUCGGGAACGGAGCUUGUCUUAAAGAAAACCUAAGGACGGGCCAGGACACUUUGAGGAAUCCCCUCUAAGGAUUUUGGCACAAGCGACUGUGUUGUUGGGGGGUUGUUGGUUUUUAAAUCAUUACAUUCUCUGUCUCGACGACAAAAAAAAAAAAAAAAAAAAAAAAGCUCAAACUGCCAUCGGGAGCGGAGAGCUGCUGGGGGCAGGAGGAGAGCCGAGCUGCAGGAGGAGCCCCGCUUGGGGCCACAGGAGCUGGAGGGUGUGGGGGUUGCUUUUGUAUUUUUGAUGAAAAAACAAAACAAACAAUAACAAAAAGAGACGAUGACCAUUUGCAUGCCUUUGGGAAUGCUCUCCACGUCUGUUCCUACAAGCUCUUUUGUCACUCGCAGCAGAUGUCGGGGCCGGCGGAGCAGGAUGCUGCCGCAGCAGAACGCCAGGCUCCUCCUCAGCCGGCCCCACGGUGGGGAUUUUAAUGGAAGGAAACAACGCUUUCUCCGUGCAACCACACAUUUCUCUCCCUGGGCACCCGAAGCGAGGUUAAUGCUCGUGGCGCGGAGGAAAGAGCCUGGUUAAUCUGCAGCAGCGGCACCGAGGCACGGAGAGCCCAUGCUACCCGCUCGAGCGUUUUUUGUCCUGUCCUGUCCAUCAGCCAAAAGCUGCAGCGUGACCCAGACCCCAUCGCCGCCCAUACUCAUCUCCCCUCACCCCGCUGGGCUUCAGCUGAGGACCUCCCAGGAGAUUUUCAGAGGUGCAGAGGGGUUUAGGAUGCCUGCUCCUCUCCUUACCCCUCACACAGCCCUUCUGCGUCUCUGAACAUCUCCAGCAUCCCUGGAGCUGGCUGGGGCCGGCUCCACAGACAGUAUUAUUUUUUAACAUUUUGUAUUUAACGACAUGUAAAGAACACUGACUUUUUUUUUUUUGCUCCUCCUGAUCUGCCUGGGCCCCCCCCAUGCCCUGCCAAGUCUUCCACGAUGCGCGGCCCCCCUCUGCCGUCCCCACCUCCCACCCGUCCCUGCCACGGGCUGGCACAGGCUCUGGUACUGUAUUUGCCACCCAGACUAUGCAAGGUGUCACCGCCUGUCGUUGUACCCAGGCUCUGUAGAUGGCUCCUGGCCAUAUCCACUGGCUCCGUGUUAGCCGAACCUCCUUUAGCAAAUCUUUGCUGGCACAAGUACACGACCGGGAGCUGCACCCCCCGCCUGUCCUGGGGCACGAAAUGUUUUCCCCUGCUCCCUGAGUUAAUCUGGAAAAACCUCAGAGCAAACCCAACACGGCCAAGGGCUUUGUCUACGUGGGGAAUUGCUGCCCAGCACAGCAAGGUGUGCCGGGAGAAACCUCCCAGCAACCUGGCACCCGCGUCCCUUCCAAGCUGGUGAGCACAAGGGGCACGCAGGGAGGCAGCACAGAGAGCUGCCGGCUGUAAAUCCUCAUUCUGCAGUGCCCCAGGGGCAUAGCUGGGAACAUUCUCCUCUUUGACUGCUCCUCCUUACUGAGUUUCCUCUGGCUGGAUGUUAUUUGGACCUAGGGGAGAGGGGAGCCACAUCCCCAGGACACGCUGCUGAUGUUUUCCUCUAAGUUCAAAGUGGUUCCAGGGGCUCAGAGCAAUAGCAUGUUACUACAGCACUUUCUUGGGCUGCCUCCCCAUCUGCCCCUUUGCCUGUGCUUUCUUAUAAACUACAAGCUUCUAAAAAUGGACCAAAUUCACUACCUUCCCUUUAGCAAUUCUGUUUUCUGCCCUUGGUGCUAGGGAAAGCUUUGUGCUCAGCCUGGUGCCGCGUCCAUCAGGGUGUUCCGCGGUUUCUGCUCUUGUCCCCACUCUCACCAGAAGCCUUCCCUUUGAGACUAAACCCCCUCAUCUUAUGGGUGGGCUGCUCUGUUCCAUCAAAUCCCCAAAAAGUUUCCUUUUUAAGCCCUGAACCCGAAUGCUGCUGGCUGGCCAAGGGGCGGCUUUGUCCUGAGCCACUGACAGCCAGCGAAAAACUUGAAAGCCAGGAAAGAUCCUCCGAGGACAGGACACGCCAGCAUCCAGGGAAAACCACAGCACCUGAGAGCACCAAAUGAAGGAUUUAAAUGCCAUUUUUAUCAUUACAUGAAGCCUUUCCUCUAAAGAGCCCAAACUUCUUCACUAUGGCUAGCGACGAGGCCCUGCAGCCCCGCACGCGGCGGCUCGGCGUUGUGCUCUGCUAAAGGCACAGAUGGCAAAGUUGUUCUGAGUCACGUGCACGAGCAGCUCAGAAAAGACAUUUUUUCUUUCUCCUCCUCAAUAUAAAUAGGAGUGAAUGCAUAAUUCCUUUGAAUCUGAUGUUUCCAAAGGGAUCUGUGCAAACACACACCUGCACGCUGCAUUUCAGACCGGGCUGGGAGCCCUGCUGCAGGCACGGGAUGGUGAGGGGCCGCAUGGAGCUGGGCAGGAGAAGUCUCUGGAUGAAGAAGGAGCAGCAGAGGCACUAAAAUUCACUAAAAAUCAACGCCCACGGUGAGGAUUUAUUGCACGCACCCACAUGGGGUUAGUGUCUUCUGCCCAGCCCGGAGCACUGGGCUGCCGAGGCGACCGCUUCACAGCCCAGUGUUACAGAUAACAAAACUGAAGACGCUCCAACUCCUUUCCUUUUUUAAUCUUCUUUCUGGUUAGAGCCAAUUGCACUGCUUUGCGCUCUUGAAUACACCUUUCUGGGCCUUGUCCUGCACUGAGAUCCAGCUGAAAGCUCUCCGGGCACUCCUGACAUCAAAUAUUUCCUUUCCUUGCAAUGCUGCCCUCGAGUUGCACCAGAGAAAAACUCCUCAGGAGUUUCCCUGUGGCAUGCAUGGUCUCACCCCGCCGUGCCAAGGAAGAGGCCGAUGAGCCCCAGCCCUUGGUGACACCUCACACAGGAUUGCGUUACGAGGAGCAAAGCCCUGGCAGAACCCACCCUGAGACCACCGGGACCCAACUUUCCUCCUUUGGGCUUUGAAGAAGGAAACAAAAGCACACCCCUUGUGAUUUUUUGCCAAUUCAGUGCAAGCACCUUGCUGGGCACAUCCAGGCACCACUGCUGCUCUCCUGAAGUUUGUUUUUAGGGCAUGGAUGGGCGAUCAUGAGCAGUAUGUCACGGAAAGGCUUCUCCUCCCCGUCUCCAGCUCGUUGCCAGCCUGCUGCAGCCUCCCCUAGGCUCCCACCUCAGCAUCAGGCUUUCUGCUUCCAACUAAAACACGAAAUCCUCAGGAUUUGGCCAGCUUCACCCCCCAGCAAAGCAGGGAAGGAAGAGGCAAGCUGCACGCGGCGCGGUGGCCACCCAGCCUUACCUGGCAGCGCAGUGCGGCUGGUAGGAGGACAGCACGCUGAGGAGAUGGAGAAGGUGGGAAACGCAGCUAUAAGCGAGUCCGAGUAGGAGUUGGGAUCGACAAGUGUGAGAUCCUGGUGGGACAGAACCAUGCGGAUCGGGAAGGAGCCAGCGCACGGAGCCGUGAGACCACACCAGCACCCAGCCUCCAGGGCUCAUCACCCUGGGGAGGUUCAGCAGGGCCCAAAUGGGUGAGGGGAUGCUGGAAGGACGCACUGGGAGUGAUUCAGGAGUGAUUUGCAGACGGGCUUAUCGUCCUACCAGCAGCUGGGAGGAUGUGGGGAGCAGCACGGUUCAGCCGGCUUCUGGCAACGCAGCGUCUGGCUGGGGAACGCCCGCAGAGGAGACCAGAGGGAUUUUAGCACAAAGGGAGGAAAACGGCAAAAAAUCUGCUCUCAGUUUGCUGCACCGGCCAUGCCCUAGGGGCUGGUCCCACGGCUUUCUCUUUGAAUCCCCCAGCCUUACACCUUGUUACUGAGCACAGCCCAGAGCCGCAGAGCAGGACCCACCUCGAGUAACUGCAGAUUUAAAGUUCAUUUUCUUCCCGCGUACAUCCUUUAGUUUUGGUGAAAAUUUGGACUGAAAAUCCCCCUGCUUGGGCACAAGCCAAAGGGUGCGGUUCGCAUUUGCAAACGCCAGUAGGUAGCAAAACUCCAACCUAGAAAUACCCACGUGGGAUACGGAGCACCGGGAAGGGAAGGUGUGCGGUACCCCAGGGCAGCCCCUCACCACUCCUGAGCAGGGCCACACGCUCCCAGACCCUGCACAAUGGUGCCAGGGCAGGAUCCGUGCGUGGCAGCACCUGGGGCAUUCCCCCUGUUGCUGUAACCACGGACGUGCACAGCCUCAGCCCCUCGGAAGUCCGGCUGGAAGAGUUGGAUCCACAAAGAGCACGAACACAGCAGGAAUUUCGGCCGGGCACUUGGGUUUGCUGAUAGGUGUUUCUUUCCCUGCAGGACGAUGUGGUAUACCUGACAUACUUCCUUUGUAUUUCUUGGCAUGAGAAAAAAAAAAAUUAAAAUGUAACAUGCAUGGUCACAGCUGAACUUAUUUCUUCUGUCUAUAUAAGAAAAAAAAAAUAAUUAAAUUUGAACUAGCCAUUGA